AUGCGUAUUAGGCUGGACGUUGAGUUGCAGGAGCCGGAUCUUCAAAACAUUGACCACAUUAAGCACGUGCUAAAGUCCUUUCCGGAGGGCGUAACAGUAGAAUUUGUUACGAACAAGGAGGCACUUGCGCGCUUGGUGAACGCUGCGCUAGUGAAGCGCAGUUUUGAGUCAAUAAUCCCGGAACUUACUGAUAGACUCUGCCAUCCUUCCCUCUACGAGGACUGCCUAGAUGUCCUUUGUGAGGCGAUGUUUGAUUCACAGCGCGUGGAGCGCGGGGAUCCACUUGAUGGGUUCAUUACCUUAUUAGCACAGCUCCCAGGGAAUAAACAAAACGCCGUUAAAGCUGAUAUUGUUCAACGCAUAAUGAUUUUUCUUUCGCGUCACCGCCGGCUUGAUUGUAGUCGGGUCCCAUUGUUACCUUAUGCGGAGGUCCUGGCUGCGCUUACCAAGGCAGAGAUGCUAAACGUCCGAAGCGUAGUGGUUGCCCUGAUGCAGAUGAUUCGUCUAGACAAUACCCGAAGUGCCGGUAUAACCUGCUUGGGAAAAAUGGUGGAGGUGGCCCAUGAGCUGCUUCUUGAUCGAUUAGAUCAACACACCCUUGAAACACUGCGCUCAACGGUGGCUUUUGCUCAGCAAGAUGACACAUUUUUGUAUGAUGUUGAAUACAUUAUGGAACCUUUUGGGUGGAGCCAAUCUGAAAAGUUUAUUAAUUUUGCAGUUCGUCUUUCAGGGGCUCAUCACAUUUCCGCCAUCCUGGCCUUGGCGUAUGGAGGCGGCACCAAUUCUCGUGAGGCGGUAGUCACCUCUUCUGUGGAUGGAACCAUCGGAACGUGGGAUCAAUCCGGAGUCCUUACUGAGAAUCUCGUGCUUUCGCGUCAUUAUGCCUCUUCCAUGGACUUUGCAAACUCUGGACGGAUUCUCAUUGUGGGCACAGUGGGAAGACACGCUGCUGUGGCACCUGCAGUCGUUAUAUAUUCUACAGACCCUACAUACAAUGAAGAGUCCAAUUGGCAGGAGAGUGGAGGAGCAGAGCCGCGCGGAGCCCGUUUUAUUACGGCGGUUCGAAGCUUAAAAGGAACAGGAACUCUGAGGUAUUGCUGUGGAGUUACUACGGCUUCUGCCAAUUCAGUAUUAUUAUACGAUGGAACCCAAAUGAUACAGGAAUAUACAGAUCACAAUGACAUCAUAUCUGCUGUUCAUGUUAUCCCAGACAGGGAGCACAUUCUUGUUACUGGAUCACGUGACUGUUCAGUGAUGGUAUAUGAUCUUCGCAUGCCCCAGGCUACCACGACACCUUCAGCAUAUCGUCACUAUAGCACUGUUACCUCUAUUGGAAGCUGCGGUGACUACCUCUUUACCAGUGGAUUAGACCGGCGCGUAGUGGGGCAUGACCUUCGCAUGAUGGGCCAAGGCGUGGUCACAAGGGAAUUGGAUAGCGCAGUGCUAAGUCUUUCUGUAAACCCAAACAUGGUGUGCGCCGCCUCAACAAUGACGGGCAUUCACCUCAUCAAUUUUGCCAACAACGCAAUGCCAACAUGCAGGGCGGACGGAGGACGUAUGAGCCCACGGUAUAAUGCGAUCGCUUGGAAUGCUCAAGGCAACGUUUUAUAUGCGGGUGGCGACAGCAAUACCCUGGACUUGUUUACGCGAAGCUAUCCAGAUACUGAGGCAUACACUGCUUGA